AUGGCAGACGAUGAUCGCCGAGCAAAGCGCUCGCGCUUUGAUCAGACUGACCCAGAACCCCGUCGCUCUCGUUUCGACCGCCGUUCCCGAUCCCCGUCCGCCCGACAGUCCGAUUCUGUACGCACUCGCAGCCCGUUGAGUCGCGAGCCUCGAAGCCCCACCAGAGAGUCUUCAAGCAAGCCAGACCCAGCAGCCGCAGCAGCUGCGGCCGCGGCGAAGAUCAAUGCGCAACUCCAGGCCAAGAAGGGUAUUCAGCAUAUCGACGUCCCUCCAAUCCGCUCGACCGAUAGCCCGGGAGCGCAAUCGGAAGAUGGCAAGCCCAAGACCGAAGUGUAUGUUGCCGACGGAGACUACAUCAAAGACAUUGAGAUCAACGAUUUGCGCAAUCGGUACACUUUGACCAAGGGCUCUACUCAGAAAAUGAUCAAAGAUGAAACCGGCGCCGAUGUGACCACCCGUGGAAAUUACUACCCGGAUAAGAACAUGGCGACUGCUUCUAAUCCUCCGCUGUAUCUCCACGUUACCAGCACCAGCAAGGAAGGCCUCGACAAGGCAGUGCAGAUCAUCGAUGAUCUCAUGAAGAAAGAGCUUCCAAAUCUUGUCGACGAACGACGAUUCCGUCGACGGGAGCCUGAGCAGCAGGUCGAGCGGGACGAAUUUGGGCGCCGUAAAUGGCCCGACGAGCGGAUCCCAAUCGAUCUCGAACCCAUUCCUGGAUUCAAUCUCCGUGCUCAGGUUGUUGGUCAAGGUGGCGCCUACGUGAAGCACAUUCAGCAGAAGACACGUUGUCGUGUGCAGAUCAAGGGACGUGGUUCCGGUUUUAUCGAAUCAAGCACCGGCCGGGAGAGCGAUGAACCGAUGUUUUUGCAUGUUGCGGGCCCAGAUCCGAAUGACGUGCAGGCCGCCAAGGAGCUUUGCGAGGAUUUGCUUGCUAAUGUUCGGGAACAAUACCAAAACUUCAAGGACAACCCCCCUCAGCACAGCUAUGGAGGCUAUGGCCGCGGUGGCGGUGGAGAUCGCUAUCACGGUGGAGACCGAGGCGGCGGUGGCUACCGAGACCGAUACAACGACCGUCAUCAACAUCACCAACAUCAGUCCCCGGCGCCUUCUGCCAGUCCUGUUGAUCCGGCUGCCUCAGCCGCCGGUGGUGCCGACUACAGCGCCUACGCCCAGUACUAUGGAUCCGCCGACCCUUACGCUGCCUAUGGGGGAUACCAAAACUAUGUGGCCUACUACCAAUACUACCAGCAAGCCGCCGCCGCUCAGCAGCAACAACAACAAGCUACUGAUGACCAAAGUCCUCCACCACCACCACCCCCUCCUUCCAACGAGGCGCCGCCGCCUCCUCCCCCGGGCUCUGAAGCUCCUCCUCCACCUCCGGGUGCCAGUGGCUAUAGUGCAGUUCCGCCCCCUCCUGGCUUGUAA